AUGUCGACUUCUUUCGUCCAAGUCGAGAAGCUACACCCAACGCCUUUCGAGGUGGAAUACUUUGACCAGUAUGAUUUCUACAGCCUGACGGACAGAUACAGCAGUAAGUGCACUGCAGAAAUGGGGGAGAACCCAAGGAUGGGAAAAUCCCAUAUUGUGAAGGGAUUCUUAGGGUUGCAGUAGAAACUAUGCUCUGGGUCGUUUGAAAAACACUGGCAUAGAUAAAGAAGAAACAUAUAGAAGGAUGGCAGGGAACUAGGCACAGUGUAAAACCGUAAUGCUGAACAGCAAGCUGUGAGUGAUCCCGUGCAAAAGAUUGCACCUCUGUUUGCUGCAUUAAAUUCUAACACCCGAUUCCCUUCUCACAAAUCCCCCACCCUAAUAUUUGAAUUCCAGCUUCACCUACAUACAUGCCUUGCAAGCCAAGUUUUUGUGCAUCUUUAACCACUCCAGCUGUGUGCUGCCAUAAAGUUGGUUAAAACAGGUUACUGGUCUGUAAUAGCAUUAUACUGUAGUCAUUUUAGGCUUGCCUACAGUGAGGAGGAAAAAGGAUGUCAAAUGGUUAACAAAUCAGUACUAAGCGAAGGGUGCGUUUUUCCUUAUAAACAAACAGCCCCAAGUUACCAUUGGAAUGCUCUUCACAAACAGAGCGAUGCAUAAAUGUGAAUCACUCUGGUAGUGCCUGAUUCACAAGAUGACUAGCAAAGAUCUACUGUCACUGCAUGAAUCACCUCUAGCUGUUCAAGUCUUUUCCUCCAUGGGUGGAAAAGCAGCUAGAGGGUAUGAUUUCGAGUAGCAAAACAAUGACCACAGGGGAAAAGGGCUUAAGUCACAACUCCCUAGGCUGUUUUUCUUCAUCAUCCAGGAAAACUGCGUAUGCAAAGGACAAGCCACAGCAGCUCACCUCUCUGGAAGAAACCUGCUUCUUAGGCUAGGUCUGUGUGGUGAAAUUAGCAUUAGCUAAAAGCAGCAGAAUCCCUACCCCUAGUAACACUAGAGAAGCAGAUGCAAGCUAGUGCAUGGCCACCCCUCACCCUCAAAAUAAUUAGCCGCUUGGGGAAAUUAUAGUCCAACUGCCUGUGAUGCAGAAUAUGAUUAACUUGUGUUUGGUUCCGCCAGGUGGCUCCUCCCGCAAAGGUCGUUCCAAGAAAGAGGCGGAGGAUCAUACAAACCGCCCAAAUCCCGGGGGCCAUGAACGUAAGAUAGUAUUGAAGCUGCAACGCACGGAGCAAAAACGGAAAGGGACAGCAUCCAAGAAAUGAAAAACGCAGGUGAGAGGCCUCCUCUGUGCUGCUCAACAAAAUGGCCGCCCUUCUGCCAAUGAAAGGACACUACCCACUUACAUGAACAAGAUAUCCACUAUAUAAAAAGGGGGCUGCUCCUUUUUUAAAGGCAAGAGACAUAAUCAAAAACAAUGAGAGCGGGACAAAUUUAGGGUAAUGCAUAUUUAAAAUCCCUUCACUUCACUACUGGGUGUGGAUCAGGUGUCAAGCGAAUACUCACACAUUGGCCGCAGGAAGUUGUGGUGUGCACUGCUCACAAAUCUUUCCCUCACUUUCCCCCCUAUAGCUCUGAGUCUGGUCACAAUACUCAGGUUCUGGACACAACGGCAACGUCGAUACGGAGAUAGCUGA